GAGACCGACAGGGGGGGGUGGGGGGUUAAGAGAAAUCGCAGCACUUUGGAAGGCGAAAGCUUUGCCACAUUGGUCCAUCGUGCAACCACAACACUGCACAUUUCAACCCACAAGUAUUUGACUGGACUGCGUCGGACCCAAGACGAGUGGAAAACUACUUCGAUUCAUUUAGUUUCUUUCCAUCUCUUGGAUCUACUGCGCGCUGCAGAGCUUUGAAAAAUGCUCGUCGGGCGCAAAUCGUGUUGGAGGCAGUUGCAGGCUUCGUUUUUCAGGCUGCUCUGUCUUCUGCCUACAGGAUUCCCCGUCCGGAGUGUUGAUAUGCAGAUGGCCAUCGACAACAUCACGGUCCGUCAGGGCGACACAGCCAUUAUAAGGUGUUACGUGGAUGACAAAGCCUCCAAGGUGGCCUGGCUCAAUCGAUCAAACAUCAUUUUUGCUGGUGAGGACAAGUGGUCUUUGGACCCCAGGGUCGAUCUGGUUACCAAAGGACAACUUGAGUAUAGCCUGCGCAUUCAAAAGGUCGAUGUUUAUGAUGAAGGAUCGUACACAUGCUCCAUACAAACGAAGCAGCAGCCGAAGCCUUCAUUGGUGUAUCUCAUCGUACAAGUUCCAGCAAACAUCUACAAGAUGUCAGAAGACAUGACGGUGAAUGAGGGCAGCAACGUCACACUCAGUUGCCUGGCCAGUGGCAGACCAGACCCAUUAAUUACCUGGCGGCUGCUCAACCCUUCAGCUGAGCCCCUGGAUGGAGAGGAGUACCUGGACAUUAUUGGUAUCAUGCGAACUCAAGCAGGUCGCUAUGAAUGCAAGGCCAGCAAUGAUGUUGCCACACCUGAUGUCAAAUAUGUCAACGUGAUUGUUAACUACCCUCCAACAAUUAAAAAAACCCAAAGCUCAGAGGCCCAGCUUGGUCGCAUGGGGACGUUACUGUGUGAAGCUACUGCUGUCCCCACACCAGAAUUUGAAUGGUACAGGGAUGAAAGAAGGGUGUCCAGUGCGCAGGGCCUCAAUAUCCAAGUUCUUGGAACUAGUACUGUUCUCAUGAUUCCAAGUGUCACUGAAGAGGAUUAUGGGAAAUAUACCUGUGUGGCCUCAAACCGACUGGGGGUCCAAAAUUCCAGUCUCUUCCUCUACAGACCCGGAACAGGCCGAGAUAUCAACGGCUCAGCUUGUGUAUGCCACUCAGUGUGGCUCCUGCUGGCCUGCAUCACCUGCCUUCUCUUCAAGUGUUAAUACCUCUCCUCUUCCACCUCCUCCCACUUGGCCUUUGACCCUCCCAUUCACUUUAUCGCUGACUCACCGACAUCCUUAUUGCUACACCGACCUUACCGCCACCAGACUGUUUGCAUCAUUACAAACACCUUACAUGCUGUCAAGUACUGCUUUCAAAUAUUACGUCUGGUAAUGAGUACGACAUGAUAGACGAGCGAGAGGAAAAAAAAACGAUACGAAGGACAGAACAAGCAAACUGUGCUUUUUUAACAAGUUGUGUUGCUCCUUUUAAUACGUAAGCACUUCUUUGUUUCUGCUUUCUGCAGAUGCUUUAGACAUUGUCGUACUUGUGUGUUCAUAGAAUUGAACGCAAAGGUAUCCCACUUACGAGGAUGCCAGCAAUCAUUUGUCUGUAGAAGAAGUGAGUUGGAUUAUGUCCAGUUAAACAGAUGAUUUUUCCAAGUGCAUUAAUGAGUCAGAAUAAUCUGCCAAAUUUGAAAUGAUAGGUUAGUGCAAGUAAGAUUUGUGUUAUUGUCUGGACAUCAAGUACACUCCAUUCAAAGUAUAAAUUGAUCUGGUGACAAACACCAAUAACCAUAUUUUGUGAAUUUGCAACCUUUUUUUCAGCUCUCUGUUUUUGUUCCAACCCUAACACAAUCGUCCGAAACAGCCUAUUCUCAUGAGAAAUUAUUUGGAUGUCAGGUAAAAAUUCAAGCAUGAGUAUACAGUAUGUUCUAGCAACAGUAAACUCAUAUGACAAUUCUGAGAUGCAAGUUGUUGAAAAUGCCUGUCAUCAUUUCUAUGUAAGAGAAAAACAUUGGUAGAGCAGGAAAAACAGAAGACAUGCACGUAUUCAUAAUCAAAAUAAGCAACCAGUGAAGUAUUCAUUGACUACGCCAACGGAGACACAUUACCGAUAUGAAAUUCUAAAGGCACAUACAGCAUAUGGAAAAGAUACUUUUGGAAAAGACCCAGUAAAUAAGUACUGUAAUUUCUUCGUUAUAAUGUGCACCCACAUCACAAUGCAUGAUUUUGCUUCUACUCAUAUGAAGAAAAACAUGAAGUAUUAUCUGUAUUUUGUUAGUAUUUUCCAUUAAUUAUUCUGAAGUUAAGCACUUUAAACAUGUAGUACUUACUUUUUAUUUAUUUGGUAUUAUUUUGAAAUUCACAGCCCUACUUUUAUUUAGUAAAUAAUACAACACACAGUUGUGCUUCUGUGCUUGGUUACUCAGACAGAAUUUGUAAGAUGUGCACAAUUAGCAAAGCAAAACAUAACCAUAAAGAAAUUGAUGGCUGUUGUUCAGUCAUCAGUCGUAUUUAGAAUAAUCACAACAAUGUUUCACUAAUUCUGCUUGGCUAUGUAAACAUAUGAGCACAAUUGUACAUAUAUGUGGUCAUACAUGUGCCUGUCAUAUUGGAACGAAAGUGCAGGCUACACCUUUUUCAUAACCUCUUGUUGGUGGUGGCAUUUGGGAAUGAAAGUGUACAUCUUUUUUGGUAACAUCUACAUGGCAGCAUACUUUUAUAAAAUGUGAAAGUCGUUUUUUUUCUCAAUUUUUCCCUAUACCUUUGUAAUAUCCACAUGAGAGGCUUUGUGAAAAAAAUAGGGGUGGGAAAUGUGCAUUAUAAACAAGAACAUACAGUAGUUGUUGGAAUGUCGCUUUGCAAGACGACAUAAACUACUGUUGUGGCAACAACACUACAGUAUGUCAUUUUCAGUAGUCUCUGUGGGUCCACGUCAUUAUUUUUUUUUUUACAUGUAUAUGAAGUGAAAGGUUUCACUUUUCUCUAGCUCUUUAUUUUCAAACUGUAUACAUUGCAUGCAUGUGCAAAUCUAUGAAGUCCAUCUUUAACACACUCUUCUGCUAAUAUAGCGGACAACAUUUCAAAGCAGUAUUGGUAUUUGCUUAGUUAGUUGGAAGUUCUUCUUUUUUUCAAGAUUUAACUGUUCUACAAAAUUUACUGUAUUUACAAAAGUUGAAGAUUAGACAAGAAACAACAAACCUGUAUAUCUUCUACCAAUUUUAGAUUGGAUUUUAUACAAAUCCUCAAUGUUUCUCAUGAGACAUGGCUGAACAAAAUUCACAGUAGGUCCUAAUUUAACUUAAUGUACAUAGCAACAUUUUGUAUUCCUCUGUGAUGAGCCAAGCAGAGCUACUUGUUGCAUUGUCUGUUCGAUGAGCAUUCCAUUGGCCGUUGGCCUUCAUUUCCAGGCAGCUUGAAGCUGCACAUUUAGCUCCAUGUGGUAAACUACACCACCUGCUCUUAGGUCAUUUUUUAAAUCUGCUGUUACAGAACAAAAUGUAUGACUCAAUGAAUGACUCUCUUUAACAUUUUCUCUUUCAAAAAACUGGGUGAAGUUCUACAGAAAAGUCUUUGCGCUGCUGCUGUUUUUGUGUACCUCAUUCAUUUUAGUAUCAUGUAUGACGGGUUAGCAAGUUCCAUGACAUGGCAAUUUGAAAUUUUCUUCUCAAUGCAUCGGCCAUUUCCAACUUUAACGCAAAUUCAUAUUGGUACACAAAAUAAAUAUUAAAACAUUUCCAACAUACCUGAACACGGCACGGUCAAUUGACGUAAACCGCUCGCUGUUCUGAAAAUCUUCUCGUGCCCUCGUCUCAAAAAUACAGGUCAACGUGAAGUUCGGUAGGCAAGAUUCUCACAACAUACCGUAUAUAUACAGUAUAAAAUGACAAGUAAAAUUUGUCAGUGAUGGAUCACUUCUUCAACUGGGAAGGAAUCAAUCAUUUUGAGUUUCAUUGAAUAAAACAAGAUUCAAUUAUUAUUAUUAUGAUUAUUACGACAUGAUUAUUAUCUGAUUAUUUUAAGAAAAAAAAAUAAAGAAAAUGUUUUGUUUUAACCUGCCUUGCGUACAUUGGCAGUGAAAUGACAGUCCCAGCUUACAAAAAUUCAAAACGAGAGCAUCAAAUUUGAAUGUUUCCUUGGAUCGUGCUCUUCCACCAGUGUCAAACUCAAGCUCCAGGGGCCAGAUCAGGCCCACUACAUAAUUUAUAUGUGGCCUGCGAAAGUAAAUCAUGUCUAUCAACAUCAAUGAUUUUUGUUGAAAUCCGUACCAAUAUUUCAAAUAGUGUUUUUAUAGAUAUUGCAAGCAUUUUUUGUUACCAAACAUCCACAAUAGUUGAAAAACCCAUUACUCUUGAGUUCUGAUUAAAAAAAUUGUUCUUGAAUUUCAUGUGUAAAUAUGAUGAGGCAUUUAAAGAUAUUCAUGGUUUCAUAGUCAUUACAGCCCUCUGAGGAAAAGCGUAACUACAAUGUGGUCCGUGACUAGAAUGAGUUUGACACCCCUGUUCCAACAUCACAUCUUCUCUACAUAGCAGCUGAAAACCCUUUCAAGAGCUUUGUAUUUACGAUGGUAGACAAAACCAUUGUCAUGGUUGCUGUUUUGUUUCUUAUGUUUUCUUACCGAAUCUUGUGUUCAGCUCAGGUCCCUCACAUACUGUUUGGUCACAUUUCAACUGCGGUGACAACUCAAAGGAAAGUACUGUAAAACAUUUGUGUAUUUACACUGAUUGGAUGCUGGAGUGCUUAUAGCUGGCCGCUCCAGUUUUGAUUUCAAGCUAUAGGAACUAGGUUUAAAAAAAAACAAAAAAAAAAAACAAAAAAACACUUACAUGAUCAUUCGCACAUGUACCAGUAAGAGAAAAAAAAUCUUAACAUAACACCUUUUCAAUGUGUUUAUCAUGUCACACAGCUUUUUUUGACCGCAGAAAUAACUUCAUUAUCUUAACAACUUUCACGUUGGGUAACUGAAAUCCUAAUGUUAAGCGUGAUGUUUCGCUUUUUGAAGUCGAACUUUAAUUUACAAAGAUUACAAGAGUGACGUUCUCGUGUCGCAUCCUGCUAGGUUCAUCUGCAUCACCGAAUUGGAGGACAGCUGACAUUUGCCAGUAACUGAAUAAGAAAUUCCUAAAAGUGAAUAAUUGAUCUUGCAUGAAGAAGCCAAGUAGAGAACCUAAGAAGAUGAUGAAGUUCCAAUUAACAAUUUUUGCAUGACACAAAAUCACAAACAAACGGGUGUAUCUUCCUGAAGGAUCCUUUGACAGGUAGCCUCGCAGUCUAACUAACACCCAAAGUGCCAUUUUAGCAAAUUAAGAAGAUUCCAGACCAACUUAACCACCAUUUGCGCAAUCGCAUAUACACACAUAAGUACCACAAAUUGUUGCUAGAAAGCUAUAAAAGUAAUAAUACUUCAUUUUUAUUGAUAUGGUGCAAUAUUAAAUGAACUGUAUAUUUAUUAUUGUGUGUGUAGUUUGCAGAGGUGCAGAAUGACACUGCCUCAUACUGAGAGUUGCUUUCAACAUUUAAUUGUUCUAACUGGUUUCCUCCUUGAGCCACAUGAUUAAAUGCAAAAAUAUGACACAAGUCUCAGUAUGAUGUAGUACACUUUCAUAACAUGAUAGACCAAACCACAAUAAUGAACAUAUUCAUUUAAUACCUUUCUUACAGUCAAUGAAAACUGAGCAUGAGUAUUUUUUGUAACGGCAGGAAUAUUUGCUACAGCUCUUGUUGGAUCUUAUUCAAAGUGGUUGUAACCUUGUGGCUUUUUUGUGUAUUUCCAUUGUGUAGUUCACAAAAAUGAUCCGUUGAUAAGAUGUAUGCGCUCUUUGAGUAAAUGCUGUUUUUAUUUUGGUGUCACAGAACCCCAUGAAUAGUAAUAAUUGAGAUUUAAUUUGUUGGUCAAAUAGGUUAAUUUCCAAAUCUCCAAGGUAUUAAGAUGAUGAUGCUAUUGGAGACGAAUGGCAUAUUGACAUUUUUUUUUUUUUUAAUGCACACCUCAUUCGAUCAAGACAUUGCGUAUCCUGAUUAGGGCAGUGUUCACCCUGGACUGGUUCCCAGUCCUUCACAGGGUACACAGCAUGUAGACCAACAAAAACACACCUAUAUGAAAUUUGCAGUCUUCAGUUUACCUGCCGUACGUGUUUAUGUCCUGAUACCACCCAAAACAGGAAACGCGUGUGACGUAUAAUCACUUCAUUGAUCUUUUUGUGUCUUCAAACACAUUGGCAACCUUGUCAGCGUUUUACAAAUCACAACUGCUGAACUUGACACGAGGCAUGUGGCAAGCAAAGGUGAAAGUGUGACUAACCUUUCUAAUUCUUUCUUUCUCUCCUCUAUGUGUAUAUACAGUGUGACGUUUCUACAGUAGGAUGUUGUAAAAUCAGCAAAGCCUAUAAGUGCAAGAAUUCUAUCUGAAAGUAAACCUAUGACAUUUGUACUUAAGAAUCAAUCAAGCAUUAAGGAACAGCAACGUCUCACAUUUGUCUAUUUUACUUAACUUUAUGAUGGCAUAAGGUGAUUGCAGUUUCUUAAAAAAAAAAGCUAUGUAAUAAAGAUACAUGAGAAUAUGUUCAUAAAAGAGAAUAAAAGUUGUUUGAAAUCAGUGUUAUGUAUUUAACUGUGACUAGCUAUGUUGUGCAACUUUUGGAGGAGCCACACAGAAUCUUAAAUGAAACUGUUGUGUUUAUUACCAUGUAACAUGCUAAUAAAAC